CGUCGUUCCUGCCAUCUCAUCUCGUGAAAAUGCUGGCAUCCCGUACGAUUGCUCGUGGUACUCGUGGUGCGCGGGUCGCAGCACCAACCCAGGCUUUCCGUCGGUAUGCAUCUGCUUCGCCGACCGCGGCUUUUGCUGGCAAGAAGGGGAGCAACGGUAAAUACACGGUGACACUGAUUCCGGGUGACGGUAUCGGCCCGGAAAUCAGCCAGUCCGUGAAGGACAUCUAUACUGCCGCCAAAGUCCCCAUUGAGUGGGAAGAAGUCAGCGUUGCACCAAUCUUCAAGGCGGGAAAGACCGUGAUUCCUGACGAAGCCAUCCACUCCGUCAAGAAGAACACUGUUGCCUUGAAGGGUCCUCUCGCGACACCGAUUGGAAAGGGCCAUGUCUCGCUGAACUUGACCUUGCGGAGAACCUUCAACCUUUUCGCGAACGUCCGUCCCUGUGUCUCCAUCAAGGGUUUCAAGACGCCAUAUGAUGAUGUUGACACCGUAUUGAUUCGUGAGAACACCGAGGGGGAGUAUUCUGGCAUCGAACACGAGAUCGUCGAUGGCGUUGUUCAGUCAAUCAAGCUCAUCACUUGGGAGGCCUCUGAACGCGUGGCGCGUUAUGCGUUCCAAUACGCCCAGUCUCAGGGCAGAGCGCGGGUCACAGCCGUCCAUAAGGCCAACAUCAUGAAAAUGUCCGAUGGAAUGUUCUUAUCUGCGUGUCGCCAAGUCGCAGGGGAGUUCCCCAACAUCAACUACGACGAGGAUCUGCUAGAUCGUGUCUGCCUGCAGAUUGUCCAAAACCCCAAGCCCUACGCCGACCGCGUCAUGGUGAUGCCCAAUUUGUACGGUGAUAUUCUCUCGGACAUGUGUGCCGGUCUUAUUGGUGGACUGGGCUUGACUCCCUCCGGCAACAUUGGACGCGACGCGUCUAUCUUCGAGGCCGUGCACGGUUCCGCGCCCGAUAUUGCUGGCAAGGGAUUGGCUAACCCCACUGCGCUUCUAUUGUCGUCACUUAUGAUGCUUCGGCACAUGAAUCUCGAUAGCUUCGCGGCCAAAAUCGAAAAGGCGGCCCUGAGUACCAUUGCCGAGGGCAAGACAAUCACUGGUGAUCUGGGUGGAAAGGCGUCGACCAAAGAAUACACUACGGCCAUCAUCGACAAGCUGUUGAAGGCAUGAGCUGGUACUGAGAGACCUUUUACCCACUCGUAAAUAAGGACAGCCUAUAAUAAUCUCCUUACAACUCACGCUUUGCAUGAUCUCGCCGUCGUAGGAGUAGUCGGGUGUCGUUAGCAGAUUCUUGCUCCUACCGCAAUUAUAGAUUUAGAGAGUCUUGGAAUAGUGGCG